AUGGGAUAUUCAUUUGUCAUUGGGUCAAAUAAAGAAGUCACGGAACUACACGAGGCCGGCCGCGCCUGCCUCUGGUUGUUCACCAGCGUCAGCGUCCGCAACGGGCUGGUCGGAACAGGGCUGGUUGUUCGCGUGAGCCAAGUCGACGUUACCUCGUCGAGCCGGACGGUCGGCAGUGAUGACGCGCUCAAUGUCCACUACGCACAGUUGGGGGUAGUGUUCGAAGCUGUCUCGUAUGUCAGCACGGCACUCCCUCGCAUCCAAAUACCGCUGUGGAAACUAGACGUGACGAUCGUUGUGAAUCACCCUGCCGUGCUACUCUGUCUCGCAAAACCCCAUCUCCAGAGUGGCCAGGUUCUCAUCGUACAGAUCACGGAAACAAUCCGCCAGCUGACGGAGGCAGGGGUCAAGGUCAGUCUGAAGGCCCCUACUGAUGAAGACCAGGAGAUUACCACGCGAGCUAGAUUCGGCUCUUCCGGGACCCCACACGAAAGUGCUGUAUGA